AUGUUGAGCAAACUCAUCAUCGCGGCUCUUGUGCAAGCCAUCAUGGCUAAACCGAUCACACCUGUCACGCAGACAACAACCAUGCGAGGGCAGAGAACUGUCACCCACACGAGGCCGACAAUCACUUAUGCUACCCCUGAUGAAAGCAUUAUCUUUGAGGACUUUCCUGGAGCCACAGCCACGUUCUCGAGCUCCUCCGAGCCCGAGUUUACUCUCGACCCGCGUGCUGCCAAGUUUGCUGGGUCUAUUUCCGUCGACACUAUUGAUGUCUCCAUUACCCACCACUCCAAGACCUUGGAGUUGCCCACGACGACCUCUGAUCUGGACAUUCCGCUCGAGACGGUUCUUGAGAAGCGAGUCCAAAACGUGGUGCAGGCUCACAAGGGACAUUCCACUUCUGCGAAUGCUACUUGGGUUUGA